AUGAUGAUCCUCGGUCGUUACUCUCUCCGCCCCCGUCGUGUAUUUGGUUGUCAGUCUUCUCACCUCCGCCGCACCCAGGCAACAACGUGUCCUCAGGCAACACUGUUUUCUUCUCCUGGAAGGUUUUCUCGGUUCAUUUUUUCUCAGUUUCUUUCAACUCAGUCUGUUUCAUCUCAUUUGAUGGUUCAGUCUGUUUCAUCUACUCCAUUUGUUCAGUCUGCUUUAUCUCCUCCAUUUGUUCCAUUUAAGGUACCAUCUGGUUUGGUAUCCCAUGGGUCUGUUAUGUGUGCACUUUCCUAUCUGCCGGUAUUCAUUUAUCAGAAGUAUACGUCUAAGUAUACAGAUUCUUCUUGGAGUCAUGUAGAUAAGAAAUGCAAUUCUGGUUGCUGCUUGUCCAUACAUAAUUUGAUAUGGUCUGCUUCUACUAGGGAUGCUGAUCACCGUGUUGAGUUUGAUCUAACUAGUUAUACUGUUUUUCGUGACAAUCUUGUGCGUUGGGGUUUGCCUAUGAGUUACUUUAAUCAUUUUUGGGUCGACGCUGACUGUCAUGUAUCUGAUGUCACCAAUUUUCAAUUCCUCCAUAUUCAGUUUCUGAAACAUGGUGAAGAAUUGAUUCGUGACCCUGUUCCCUUUUUUGUAAAUUCAAAUAUUAUGUACUAUAAAGCCCUGGAUUGCUUGAGGUCUGACCAAGCGUUACAAGAGUGCAGGAAA